AUGUUGUAUUUUUCAGAAAAUGUAUUUUGUAGUUGUAUUAAUACCAGAACAGUAUUAGCUAUCAUGUCGUUUUUGGGGUUUGUCAACGUGUAUUGUUUACGAGUGAAUUUGAGCGUGGCUCUAGUUGCUAUGAUUAACAAUACUGGUUUAGACAAUAGUAACAAAACUGUUACAGAGGAAUGCCCAGGAGAUGUUGUCAACUCUACCAGCCCUUCCACCCAUCCGGGAGAAUUUCAUUGGGAUCAGACAACUCAAGGAGUGAUCUUAGGAUCAUUUUUCUACGGUUACAUCACCACCCAGCUACCAGGAGGCUGGUUAGCCGAGAAAGUUGGUGGUAGAAGACUCUUUGGAUAUGGGAUCCUGUGUACUUCAUUAUUAACACUUUUGACCCCAGUGGUAGCAAGAUGGAGCUUACCAGGAUUAAUAGUGUUAAGAGUUGUUGAAGGCAUUGGAGAGGGAGUGACAUUCCCAGCUAUGCAUGCUAUGUGGGGAAGCUGGGCUCCCCUUUUAGAAAGAAGUAAACUUGUUUCCAUUUCUUAUUCAGGAGCUCAGCUAGGAACAGUCAUAUCCAUGCCUAUAUCUGGAUUACUGUGUGAUUAUGGGUUUGCAGGAGGCUGGCCUUCUGUAUUUUAUGUUUUUGGUGCCUUGGGAUGUAUAUGGGUAUUUUUCUGGAUGUUUAUUGUGUAUGACCAUCCCUCCAAACAUCCACGAAUAUCCAAAUCAGAAAGACUGUACAUUGAAUCUACUACUGGCAAACGAGAGAUGCAAAAUCUGUUUCAGAACACCACUACUCCUUGGAAGUCCAUCUUCACCUCUGGUCCAUUAUGGGGUAUAGCAGCUGGUCACUUUGCCAAUAACUGGGGGAUGUACUCGAUGUUAACAUGCUUACCAACUUAUAUGAAAGAGAUACUCAAAUUUGACAUCAAAGCGAAUGGUAUACUGUCAGCGUUGCCGUAUUUAGCUUUAUGGCUUCUUCAGUUGAUCUCCGGCUUUAUAGCUGAUUGGUUGCGAGGCCGUGGAAUUCUGAACACCAAUAAAACACGUAAACUUAUGAACACCUUGGGUUUGUUGAUACCAGCAGUGUUUAUGAUCGGUGUAUCGUACAGUGGGUGUGACCACACGCUGGCUGUCGUGUUGCUGAUCUUCGCUGUGGGAACUGGAGGAUUCUCUAUGGCUGGUUAUCAAGUCAAUCAUUUAGAUAUUGCACCCAGAUUUGCUGGAUCAUUGAUGGGAAUAACAAAUAUGAUAGCUACAAUACCAGGAUUUUUAGCACCAUUGGUAGUUGGUAUUCUCACAGAUCAUCAGGAAACCAGUGGUCAGUGGAGGAUUUUCUUCUUCAUCACUGCUGCAAUAUACAUCGUCGGUGCCAUCUUAUUUUUGGCGCUGUCGAAAGGCGAGGAAUUGGCAUGGGCCAAAACUAGAGAACUUGAAAACUUAAUUGAAAAGAGUGUGCAAUCAAACGUGCUUCCUUAUGACUCAGAUAGAACCAAUCUCCUACACAAUAAAGACAUAUAA